CUGCAGCUCCUACAUAGCUAGGCAGGUCCAGGAGUAUGUGCAGAAGGUGCACAAGAGGACAGUGUGCCCGUGACUCCAGAGGUGCAUCAGAGAGAUCCUAAGAUCCCGACACAAUGAGGAAACAUCUGGGUGGAUGCUGGUUGGCCAUUGUCUGUGUCUUGCUCUUUAGCCAGCUCUCCUCAGUCAAGGGGAGAGGCAUAAAGCACAGAAUCAAGUGGAACCGGAAGGUCUUGCCAAGUACCUCCCAGGUCACGGAGGCCCGCACUGCAGAAAUCCGCCCAGGGGCCUUCAUCAAGCAAGGCCGAAAGCUGGAUAUCGACUUUGGAGUGGAGGGCAAUAGGUACUAUGAGGCCAACUAUUGGCAGUUUCCUGACGGCAUCCAUUACAACGGCUGCUCCGAGGCCAAUGUCACCAAGGAAAAGUUUGUCACCAGCUGCAUUAAUGCCACCCAGGCGGCGAAUCAAGAGGAACUGUCCCGUGAGAAACAAGACAACAAGCUUUACCAGCGGGUCCUGUGGCAGCUGAUCAGGGAGCUCUGCUCCAUCAAGCACUGUGACUUUUGGUUGGAAAGGGGAGUAGGACUUCGGGUCACUCUGGACCAGCCCAUGAUGCUCUGCCUGCUGGUUUUCAUUUGGUUUAUUGUGAAAUAAGCUUGCAGGCAGGUUGGCAGCCACAGAGAUCAAUAGGCAAGCAAAUCAUAAGCAAGUUAUUCCAGUUCUUCUCCUCUAACCGCAAACCACACGUGUUCUGAAGGUACCAAAAAGCAGUGAUUGAUUCUUCAGUGCUUUAAAUAGCACUCCCAAGUAUUCACUCAGGUGCUUGAUUAUAUUUGAUAAAUGUGUGGGUAUCAAUCCUCUCCAGGCUCUACCUAAAGUUGGCUUGUUCAUCAUUGCAUUCUCAACUCUGGUGUAGCAUCUGGCCCACCAUAUUAUGCAAUAAAUGUUUGGUAAGCAGAUAAAAGAAUGUGCCAGGGACCAUACCAAGCACUUCAUAAUGCUUCCUGACAACUCUCUAAGGUAGGUGUAAUAGGUGUUAUUCUGUUGGUAUAGAUGAGAAAAUUGAGGCUCCAAGAAGUAAAACAGAAAGUAUCAGCCAUAAUUCAACCCUGGCUUAUCUAACACCAAAUUUCCUGCUCUGUACGGUUAUACUUUUGGAAAUACGAAAUUACUGAUGCUGAUGGCCAUGUUUUUGAUAACUUAUUACAUGGAAGUUAACUAAUUAGUUUGAUUAAAGUAAGAUAUAAUAAAGGAAUUAAGCUAAAAUAUAAAUAAAAUCUAGACAAAUGUCCAUAUUGCCUAGUAAGGAAGUAUUACCAACUUGAUUCCUGGAGUAGUCUAGAUCUAUGGCACAAAGAUGUUUUUUCACAAGAAGUAUAACUAUUUGCUACUUGCAUCUCUGAAGUAGUUAAUGUAUUUAAGAAACUAUUUCUAAAUGAUUAAUUUCCUUUCUAAUGUUCCUCCAACCCUGUGUGCAUGAUUUUAGGUAUACAUGCAUACAGGCAUCUUUAAAUAUAUUCCCUUUAUAUAGGUGCUCCAUACAAUCCCCGGUCAUUCUUUUACUGCCACUUUGGUGAGGGGCCAUCAUUUCCAUGAACCACUUACAGCUUCAAAAACACAAUUCCUCAGUAGAAAGGUUAAAAAUAAAGUAUAUCUUUAAGAAGAUCAAGUAAUGAAUUCAUACAUGCCAUAAUUAGGAAUUAUCAUUAGUUAAACUACAUUUAUAUUACAAAAUAUCAAUACAGUUUAAAUAAAAAUAAUGAAUCUAAUACUCUAAAAGAUGCCCCCAGAGGCUCUCUGAGGAUAUGCUCAGAGUACCCAGCCCCAACCCUCAGGAGUUGUUGAACCAUAUUUGGUGAUAAAAGUUGCUGAAUAUUAUCAAUUGGUGAAAAAAUGUGCAUUGUCAGACAAUUUUAUCCCAAGUAUUCUAAAAUGUGAGUGUUGAUAAUGGUACCUCUUGUUCUGAUCUCCUCUGCUAAUCAGUGUUCUUCUCAAGGAUACAGUUGGAAGGUUUUUACAUGGAAAGGCAGUGGAGGACUUGGAGGCCAGACAGUCCAGUGGAGCACCUUCCCCUGGGUGUGAGGGAUACCUGUCUCCCUGCCCUGACAGCACAGGGAGUUCCUAUGCAGGAGUUCCUGAGGAACUCCCACCUCUGUGGCUUUCAUGCUGCUGGCACUAUGCUCAUCUUCCACAGUCCUGGUGAGUUCUAGAUCAGAAACUAAGACUAAAGUCCAGAACACAUACAGGUUAUUUCCUACAUGUCAAUAUUUUAAUAAUAACAAUAGCAAUAACAACAAAGUACUUAUGCACUGAUGUUAAAAUUUCAAGUCCCGGCUCUCCUGAGUUUAAUUAUAAGGACACACACAGCCUCUUAAGUAAAAUGACUUCACUUCUUAUGUGAAAACAUUCAGCCAUGAUGUAGUACAUUUUCUAUAAUUCCUGUCUUUCCUCAUUUCAUUAAUAGUUCCAGAAACCUGAUUUAGAUGGGUGUAGUGAAUUGGUAUAUAGUGAUUUAAAUUGAUUCCAUAUGUAUUUGAACAUCCUUGCUCAUGUUUAUGAAUUAUGAGAUCCAGUCAAGGCUUUGUGAGUUUAGUUUUUCACUUUAGCAAAGGUCAGUCAAGUGCCUACUAUGUAUAAGACAUUGUGAAGGACUUCUGAAUUAUUCUUGAUGGAGUCAUUUUAAAAGAGAAUAAUUUCACCAACCAUUGAUUUCUUGUCCCUUCUAAGCAUUCAUUUUAAAAAUAUGUUUAUUGUAAAAAUGACACUAAAAUUACAACAGAAAUCCAAAACCAAACAUUGCCCACGGUUCCAGCAUCUGAUUGUCAAUGUUCUCAUUUUGCCCUAUAACCUCCUAGUCCUUACCAUUUGCAUAUACAAAUGUACAUAAUUUCAAUAAUAAUUUAAGUGAUCAUUUAUAUUCUAAAUUUUUGCUCGACUUUGUUCUAUGCUUUUUUCAUUUUUCUAUGAUUUAGGGGGUUUUGCCUCCUGCUGCCUUCCCCAACCCACUCUCCUUCCUGCCUGAGAUGUAGCUUCCAUGCUUUCAUUGUACUCAUAUAGAGAGUUUUUUGUUUGAUUGCUUUUUAAAAAUACUGUAAUCAUACAACUGGCAUUUAUUCUGCAAUUUGUCUCACUGUGUUAUCACCUUCACCCUACUGCAACAGCCACCUAGUUAGUUAACUUGUCCUUUAGGACGUGGCAUGAUAUUCUAUACCAUGGACCAGACCCUGAUUGAUUUAAUCAUUUCCUUGUUGAUGGACCUUCAGGUUGUCUUCGAUUUUUUGCCACUGCAAACAAUAAACAUCAAUGUA